AGGGCGAGCGGACGUCUGGCUUCGCGGGUUUCACCGGCGGCUGAGGCGGCGGCGACAGAGGCGGCGGCGACAGAGGCGGAGGCUCAGCAGUGGGACGUAGGGUUUCUCUGUGUAGCCCUGGCUGUCCUGGAACUCGCUCUGUAGACCAGGCUGGCCUCGAACUCAGAGAUCCCGCCCGCCUCGCCUCCAGAGUGCAGGGAUUAAAGGCGUGCACCAUCACCGCCCGGCUACACUGAUUAUUCUUUAAGAGCUCGUCGUUUCUACAGAGAAAUCCGAAUGCUUAUUUUGCCCGGUAGUUUAAACUUAACUUCUACCCACCAGCACGUACAGACCAGGCCUGUAACUACUCCCUGGGAACCUGCGUGUCAGCAGCCCGGAGCCCAGAGCCUGUCGUGGAGCCUGCACAAUCAAUCCUGACUGAAGCGGAGGGACGAAGUGCAAUCCACCCAGGGCGCCGCUGAGUUUUGAGAGGCAUUAAUUCCUUGGCGUCCACCAAGGGACCACUGGGACUAAUUCUCAUGGCAAACUUGUGGCCAGCCCAAACUCCCAGGCUUCACAUCCCGGUUGUGCUUGGUUAUCGCCCACGAUUGGCUUCCACAAGAGAUGAAAUGUGGUCUGAGGGACGCUAUGACUACGACCGACUUCCGAGAGAACGCGUGCCUCCCCGGAGCCAUCCCAGUGAUGGCUACCAUAGAGUAGUUAAUGUUGUGCCAAAGAGACCACCUCUGCUAGACAAGAGACCACCUCUGCUAGACAAGAGACCACCUCUGCUAGCCAGACCUGAUGAAGGAGGCUACAGUAGAUAUUACAGUCAUGUUGAUUGCCGAGUAUGUGACGAGGGCCGCAGUUUUUCUCAUGAUCGAAGAAGUGGCCCAUCUCACAGUGGAGAUGAAUCUGGCUACAGAUGGCUAAGAGAUGAUCAUUCCACAAGCCGGCAGCCUGACUACAGGGACAUGAGAGACGGCUUCAGAAGAAAGAGUUUCUACUCUUCACAUUAUUCGAGAGAUCGGUCUCCCCAUAAAAGGGACGCUCCCUUCUUCAGAGAAUCCCCUGUCGGCCGGAAGGACUCCCCACACAGCAGAUCCGGCUCCAGUGUCAGCAGCAGAAGCUAUUCUCCAGAGCGAAGCAGGACUCACUCCUUCCAUCAGUCUCAGCAUAGAAAGUCCUCGCGUGUCGGUGCUUCCUACAAACGACAGAAUGAAGCAAUUCGUGGAAGAGGUAAAGAGAGAUCCAUCCAGUCAGUGAAAACCUCGAGAGAUGCGUCACCCUCAAGUUCCUCAGCAGUUGCUUCAUCCAAGGCGUUAGACAAACCCAGCAGGCUAACUGAGAAGGAACUUGCUGAGGCUGAAAGCAAGUGGGCUAAUGAAACACUAGAGAAGUCAGACGAAAGUAACUUGGCUGAAAUGAAUGAGUUUGAGGCGGGAUCCACGGCACCCUUAUUUAUUGACCAGACAGAAGAACCCGAGUCAAACACAGUAGAUGGUACAGAACUGUAUGAAGACAGCCAGCUCAGCAACCGCUCUAAAGCCAUUGCCUCGAAAACCAAAGAGAUUGAGCAGGUUUACCGACAAGACUGCGAGACUUUCGGGAUGGUGGUGAAAAUGCUGAUUGAAAAAGAUCCCUCAUUAGAAAAGUCUGUCCAGUUUGCACUGAGGCAGAACUUACACGAGAUAGGUGAGCGCUGCGUGGAAGAGCUCAAGCGUUUCAUUACUGAGUAUGACAACUCUGCUCAGGACUUUGGAGACCCCUUUUAGAAGAAGAAGUACCCAGGUCAAAAGGUUUUCUUAGAUUGUUUUUUUCUCCUUGGAUUGUGUAAAUCCUUACUAUUUUGUGAUGAAGAGAAAUACUUUAUGAUAGCUAAGCACAUUUCUAGUACUAAAUAAACAUCUACAAUAGCUUAAAGUAUCUUAAUUAGAAUGUUUCCCCUAUGUGUAGAAUAUUCUACUCUAUCUUCAUACAUUUCCUCCCUCCAAAAAUAAUAUUCAGUUACUUUAAUGUUCAAAAGAAAAAAGCAGCUCUGGAGAGCAGCUCCCUGUAUUUAACCCAUGUUUCAUAGUCUUCCAUGACGUCUAUGGUCAUCUUUUUGCAUACCGUGUAAAGGUUGUCUUUUUUAUUUUGUUUUGUGUUUUUUGUCUUUUUGUUCUUUUUUUUCGAGACAGGGUUUCUCUGUGUAUCCCUGGCUGUCCUGGAACCCACUCUGUAGACCAGGCUGGCCUCUAACUCAGAAAUCCGCCUGCCUCUGCCUCCCAAGUGCUGGGAUUAAAGGCGUGCGCCACCACUGCUGUAUUCAGAUGUUGAUUUCCAGCUGAAUACUCUUUGGUAUUGUUAUUUGAAUUGCUAAGCACCUUCAUUGUAGUUUGUAAACUCUCCUCUCCACCACCUUCUGAUUGGUAAACACUGAGGGCCUGUAGGUCAGGAAAGGAAAGGCAGGGCAGGGCAGGGCAUCACAAAAGGAAGUCUGACUUUCAGGGACUGAAAGAUAACGGGCCAUGUGGCAAACAUGGACCAAAAUAAAUGGAUUAGUUAAGCCAUAGGAGCUAGUUGGGAAGAAGCCUAAGAUAUAAGGCCUUGGCAUUCAUAAAUAAUAAAAAGUCUCUGUGUUAUUGUUGGGAGUCAGGGGUCGAAACAGUCUAACAGUAGUGAUCAUUUGGUCUCAGGAGUUUAAUUUGUAGUUAAGAUCAUUCCAGAUUGCAUACAAUUAGUGGUACCGUUAGCAUUUUGAGUUGGUGAUGUCAAAAUAUGCUGUCUUAAUGAGUUAGAACUUUGCUAUCAUUCAAUAUUUGCUUUGAGAAUAAUUCUUAUUCAAUAUACAAAAAAAUGCACUUGAAAAUCUGUAAGGAUCUGUUAGAACAAAAUCUUCUCCCAAGUCAGUAAACUUGGUUCAUCUCUUCUAUGAAGUGCUCUUAAGGCUUCUACCUGCUCUCUCUAGACAAUAUUAUGGACUAACAGGAGAGGUAAUCUGAGAUGCAAGAUGAAUAUUAAGUUGAGAUGGUCUCAGAAACCCAUCUCAUGGGUAUAAUAAAAAAAUUAGAAUAUACAGAGCACUUAAGUUAUGUUUUAGGCCCACAUUAUAUCAAAAACGGGACCUGACAUGGCACUCAUGCUUGGGAUUAAGCUAUAGAUUACUCUGUCCAUCUCCGUGAUCUCAGUUCUGUGGGCGUAGAGGGGCUCACUGCUCACAAGUGUCCUCAGAACACACUGAGGCCAGCACAGCUGCCAGCAGGUCCUGAGUGAGCCACUGAAUCAGUGAAGAGACACUUAGGAUCUCUUGCUCACUUCCUGGUCCCUGGUUCACUGAGGCAAAAUACUAAAUUUGUGACAUUAGGCACCUUAAAAAAAAUCACUGCCCAAUCAAAUUAUCUACCUUUUUUUGGGGGGGGGCGAGGGGGGUCAGGGUCUUACAGUAUAGUCCUAGCUAGCCUGAAAAUCUCUGUGUAGACUAGGAUAGCCUUAAACUCACAGACAUCUCCCCACCCCUACCUCUUACAUGCUGGCGUUAAGCCCACGGGCCACCCUGCUCAGCAUCCUUUUGUUUGUUUUCAUUUUCAUUUUUUUUCUGUCCUUAUUACUUUUUGAUUCGAGACAGGGUUUUGCUGUGUGUCCUAGGCUGGCUUCAAACUUAACUGCUCUGGCCUUUAGCUUUCGGGAUUCCUGCCUCAGCUUUCCUGAGCCCCAAUGCUUGCCGUGACCAUUGAGUGGCCUCUAUGAUCCUGUCUGCGGAUAUCCCUAAACCACAUACAGAUUAUACUUAAGUAGAAAUAGAAGAAUGGUUAAUUUUAAUGAGCCCUAAAAUAGAUGUGUGAAGAUUUGUAUUAUGCCAUUUUGAAAAUUUAAAACUAAUUGACGACAUGUUUUUUGUUUUGUUUGUUUUCUUAAAUUCCCCAAGUGAGAACACUUGUACGUUUUGGCAUUGAGUCUUUCCAUCCCUUUUCUGCGCACACUCCCCUUCUGAGCGUGUGCUGCGCAAUGCCGGUCACUUCAGUAAUACCACAAGCGAUUUUCCUUCUUCCCUUCCACUAAUUCUCAGCUCUUUAAAUCAAGUUAUUAACAAGCAUACGUAUAAAAUUUGAGGAGCUUCCAAGGCAAAAAAAAAAAAUGUUCACUUGGUAGAAACAUUCAUUUAAAAAGAGAAUCUUACUGAUAAAUUAUUUAAGUGAAGGCCCAGCCAGUCAUCCUCUUCCUUCCACUCACACUGGGCCUUCGAAGCUGUGUCCAGCUUGCCGUCCGCGCUGUUCUGCCAGGCUCCACAGUGUUAAAUGUUUCCUUCAUCUUUGUUUUUUUUUAAAUGCCUUUUGACAUCUAAAAUUCAUGUGUACUAGAGUAUGUUUUAUAAAAUGUUUUUGAUUCUACGGAGACAUGUUUGUAAGUUAUCCAUUGUUUUUCAAUAGACCUGAUUCAUAUGAUAAGUUCUCAUUGCCUCACCAUAAGGCCUUGAUGAUCAAUAUGGGGAAAGCAGAUACUGUAAAUGCAAAAUAAAGCAUCCGAUACUAAGUAAUAAA